AUGUCUGCCCCAAUGAAAGUCACCUUCCCAUCCUUCAUGCUGCAGAUCAGCGGCGAGCUCUAUGCUCCUGUUGCUGGCGCCCCCCACCGCAAUGGCGCUGCUGUCGUGAUCAGCCAUCCCAUGACCGGUGUCAAAGAACAAACCGCUGCAGACCAUGCCAGACUGCUUUCUAAGGCCGGGUUCUACGCCCUUACCUUCGACGCAGGGUAUCAGGGUGAGAGCACGGGACAGCCUCGUGGGCUAGAAGACCCCCAUCAGCGAGCCGAAGAUAAUAAGGCUGCUGUGACCUACUUGACCACGCUGGAGUUCAAAGUUGACCCCAGCCGGAUUGGUGUCCUUGGAAUUUGCGCCUCGGGUGGUUAUACCUCGUAUGCCGCGCAGUCUGACAGCCGUAUCAAGGCACUUGCCACCGUGAGUGCCGCUUGCGUUGGCCGUAUGACCCGCAAUGGUGGCCUACACAAGGAGAACAACAAGGAAGUCCCUCAGGCCAUAGCUGGAGCGCUCCAGGCAGCCGGCCAGUGGCGUACGAGCGUGGCCAAGGGCCCUAAUGUUGAACCCCCGCCUAUGUUCAGCAGCGAUAUCUCCCAAAUUCCGGAGGACGCCGACCCCUUCUUCAAAGAUGCCGCCUUAUACUACGGGUCCAGGCGCGGAACCCACCCACGUUCGGACCAGAAAGUUCCACCAUCCAGCUACGAUCUCAUGGUCAGCUAUGACUCAUUCAACUUCCAGCACCUGAUCUCUCCGCGGCCAUUAUUGAUGGUUGCCGGAUCUAAGGCCCAGACUCUUCACUACAGUGAGGACGCUGUUGCUGCAGCCCGUGAACCCAAGGAACUGUUCAUCGUUGAAGGAAAGAACCACUUCGACCUCUAUGAUGACCUUACAGUGUCUGGCCCAAAGCUUGUGGAAUUUUUCGAAAGGAAUCUUUAA